UCUCCGGGUCCCGAUCCCUCGCCUGACUGCGGUUGGCGGCCUUGCUGCUACUAGUGGCCUAACCGUAGGCUGCUACAUGCGCGUGUACGAAUCCGUACUGUACAUGGUCCCUAACCUAGCUACUGUAACUAGGUCUGAAGGUUAGCUGGUCUAACGUUAGCUCUGCCAGCCAGCAGUUGGCUCUAUCCAUCCCCUACGCCUACGGCAAAACCGCGGGCAUUUCGUUUGCCUAGUCCACAACCCGCCCCCUUCACUGACUCUGGUGGGAUUUGUGUGCAAAUUCGGUGACUGCCCCGCCAUCGAAACGAAUUGAUUUUGGUUUGGGUUUGCCUGCGACUGGACAAAAAGUAUCACCAACCUUCUCGACGUCCAGCAUCACCUCAACCCCGCCCAGCAAUACCGUCAUCAUGGCUGAAUACGAUUUGAUGCCCAAGUUGGUCGCUCACCUCGACCGACACCUCAUCUUCCCUCUCCUCGAGUUCGCCAACAACCAGGUCCCCGAAGACGAUGAUGCCAAGGCCCUCGAGUUCACCCGAGCCAAGUAUGAGCUGCUCAAGACCACCAACAUGAUCGAUUUCAUCGGCAGCUUGAAGAUGGAGCUUGAUGGUUCCGAACAGCCCCCCGCCGAGUUCGAGGAGAAGCGCCAGAAGGUCCUCGCGCGCCUCGAGCAGUUCGAGGACGAGACGAGCAAGAUCACCGAACUCUUGGGCGAGGAGGACGUCGUCAACAACCUGCGCAGCGACAAGGUUGCCAACUUGGACUUCUUGAAGAAGGAUCACGGUGUCACAGUCGACAGCGUGAAUGCUCUCUACGAUUUCGGCAACUUCCAGUACAGCUGUGGCAACUACGCCGCUGCCUCUGAGCUGCUCUACCAGUUCCGUGUUCUCUCCACAGACAACGACAAGGUGGCCGCAGCCACGUGGGGAAAGCUUGCAUCCGAAAUCCUCACCACCAACUGGAAGGACGCCGUCGAGGAGAUCAACAAGGUCAAGGAGUCCAUCGAUGGCAAGCUCUUCAACAACCCUCUCGCCCAGCUCAACAACAGGACGUGGCUCAUUCACUGGGCGCUCUUCCCCCUUUUCAACGACGACGCCAGCCGCGACACCCUCCUGGACCUCUUCUUCAGCCCUCCCUUCAUCAACACCAUUCAGACCAGCUGCCCUUGGGUUCUGAGAUACCUGACCGCCACCGUCAUCACCGGCCGUGGCCGCACUAGGAACUCGGGCCAGUACCAGAAGCAGCUCAAGGACAUUGUGCGCAUCGUCAAGCAAGAGGCUUACGAGUACACGGACCCUGUCACCGACUUCGUCCGUGCCCUGUACAUCGACUUCGAUUUCGAGGAGGCCCAGCGUCAGCUCUCGCUUGCCGAGGAGAUCCUCAAGGAAGACUUCUUCCUCAUCUCCACAACCGAGCAAUUCGUCGAUGCCGCUCGUCACCUCAUCUCCGAGAGCUACUGCAAAAUCCACGCACGUAUCGACAUCAAGGAUUUGAGCGCACGCUUGGGCCUUGGCCAGGACGAGGGAGAGAAGUGGAUUGUCAACUUGAUCCGUGACACCAGAGUGGACGCCAAGAUUGACUACAAGGAGGGCACCGUCGUCAUGAACCAUCCACCCAGCAGUGUUUACCAGCAGGUGAUUGAGAGAACCAAGGGUGCUUUCUUCAGAACACAGGUUUUGAGCGCGGCUGUGGCCCGAUAGGAUGGGCAGGCAAAGGGGCACGGAAAUCAGUAUACCUUCUGAUAGAUCGGUUCGCUCAAAGUGAGAACGGUGCAUGCGCGGCGUUAUAGGUGUCCGGAAUCGGCUAAAACCAAUAGGCGGUUAGACUUGAGACUUACAUGACUUGUAUGGAUAAGUAGCAUUUUGCUUCGAGACUAAUGACAUGACAGUGAAUUUUCCUGGGCUGAUGGGAUUUUCUUUUCCGUUCU